AUGGGUUCUAACUUUCAUUGUGAAAAUGAAGCAGUUAAUUUUGAGCGAAAAAACGAGGGGAUGCGUUAUACAAUCAACUCUCACAUUGAUCUCCAAAAGGUAAUAGUACUGAAUGAAGCAGUUGAAGGUUCUGGCGCAAAGAUUUUCAAGAAAUGGGAGGAUCGAUUGGACAGGACCAUUUAUGUAGCAAGCGACCUUGAUGAAGAGCUGUUGUUUAAUGUACCAUUCAAAGGACAUGUGAAAAUAACUGGUCUUGUGCUGUCUGGCGACUUGGAUGGUACUCAUCCAUCAUACAUACGUCUUUACAAAGAUCGACCAUCAAUGUCAUUUGAAGCAACGACUUUAGAGUCUGAUCAAGAAUUUCCACUGAAGCAGGACAUGAAUGCACAAAUAGAUUAUCCCAUAAAAGCCUCAAAAUUCUCAAAUAUAACGCAUCUCAGCUUACAUUUCCCAACUAAUUUUGGCGAAAGCAAAACUCGGAUUUACUAUAUUGGUUUGCGUGGCGAGUAUAUUACGGACAUAAGGCAACAGAUAUGCAUUACAACAUAUGAGGCUAGACCACUACUUGAAGAUCAUAAAGGGAAGAUUCCAGAUGUCAUAAAGAGGAGCGUUAUGUGA